AUGCCGUCUAAUAAAGAUCGCCUCUAUGUUGCCCUCUUCGCCAGAGCCGGAAAGAAGCUAAAGAUGCCAGGUGGCGAGGACAAGUACCACUGGGCCCUCAUCCUCGCGCCCAAGCACGACCCCUCCUCCUCCCAGGCCGGUCUCCAGAUCGACGUCAAGAACACCCUCCGCCUCGUCGGCCAGCCCCCCCUCGCCGACACCUCCUGGCGCCUCGAAGUCGUCGACCUCGCCGCGCACCCGACCACGCGGCUGCUCGCGCGCGUGCUGUUCGCCAAGGUGCGCGACCGCGAGCGGCUCCUCACCCUACUCACCGGUGACGUACCGGUGCGGGCGGAGCGGGAGGGGUGGAACUGCGUGGCGUGGGUGCGCGAGGCGUUCGAGGUGGUGGUCGGAGGAGGAGGAGGGGAGGAUGACGGGGGCGUGCUGGGGAGGCGCUUCGAGGGGGGCUGGGAGGAGGUGCGCGAGGUGGCGAUGGGGUAUGUGCGGAGAAAGCAGGCGGAGGGAAGGUUUGACGCGUCGUUUGACCAGGUGAGGGUGCCGACGUGGGAUGCGCUUCGUGGCGUCGAGUUGGUGCCUUGA